GCCGGCACUGCGCCGAAGCCUUGACAUCAACAGCCUUGGACAGUUCACGGACACUGACCUUGUUCUCGACCAUCAUCUGUUCCUUUGUCUACGACUGUCGAUUGUUCGUUGCUAUCCUUCAUACGCAUAUAUAAUAACGAUUCCUUCUGCACACCAAAUCAUACCCUCGCGAAUACUCUUAACUUCCGGACAACUCGGAAACCAUUUAACCCUGCUGCGAGCCUGAAACCACGAAGAUGUGGAAUAAUAACUCAGGCUAUCCUGGUGCUGGAUUCCAUGGCGGCGGACCUCCAGGUGGAGGCUAUAACUCGCCAUCAUACUUCCCGACCCCGGGUGGAUAUCCGCCACCAGCAGGCCCUCCUCCAGCGCACGGAGGCUACGCUCCUUCAUAUGCACCACCUCCAGGUCCACCUCCUGGACCCGGCGGAUUUGGUGGCCCUGGUUUUGCACCACCUCCAGGCCCACCUCCCGGUCCUCCAGGAGGGUUUGGAUACCCAGGAGACCAAUACCGCCAAGGUCCUGGGUACGCGCCUCCCCCAGGCCCACCACCGGGCGGUUUCCCUUCUCCUGCUGGUCCUCCUCCUCCGAUCCCUCCGAGAGGACCACCACACCAACAACCCUCAAGCGGCUAUGGAUCGUAUCCGGCGCCCAAUGGGGCGCCCCAUAGACCUCCUACGCAGCAGCAGGAGUACGGGCCGGCGUAUGAAGGUCCGAAUCAUAGGAUGCAACAUCCGUUCUUCCAGUAUUCGCAGUGUACUGGAAAGCGAAAGGCCCUCUGUAUCGGCAUCAACUAUUUCAAGCAACAGGGCGAAUUGAAGGGGUGUAUCAACGAUGCGAGGAACGUACAACGUUUCCUGAUAGAAAAGUUCGGUUACAAAGAAGAGGAUAUUGUAUCGUUGACAGACGACGCGAGGAAUCCUCGGCAGAUACCUACCAAGCAGAACAUCGUGCGUUCCCUUCUUUACUCAUGCAUACAAGGUAUGCAAUGGCUGGUACGCGAUGCGAGGCCCAAUGACGCGCUUUUCUUCCAUUAUUCGGGACAUGGUGGUCAGACCAAGGACCUUGAUGGUGACGAAGCGGAUGGAUACGACGAAGUCAUCUAUCCCGUUGAUUUCAAGACUGCGGGCCAUAUCGUUGACGAUAUGAUGCAUGACAUCAUGGUAAGGCCCUUACCUCCUGGUUGUCGUUUGACUGCUAUCUUCGAUUCUUGCCAUUCGGGUUCCGCACUAGAUCUGCCUUACAUUUACUCAACCGAGGGUAAGAUCAAAGAGCCUAACCUUGCUGCAGAGGCCGGCCAGGGCUUGUUGUCUGCCUUCACUUCCUAUGCUCGUGGCGACAUGGGCGGGGUCUUCACAUCUGUCUCUGGGCUUUUGAAAUCUGCUACGGGGAGUACCAAGAAAGCCGAGGAGAAGGCAAGGAGGACAAAGACUAGUCCUGCCGAUGUUAUUUCUUGGAGUGGAUGUAAGGAUUCCCAGACCAGUGCAGACGCGUUCGAAGCUGGUGAAGCUACCGGCGCGAUGAGCUACGCUUUCAUGACCGCAUUGAGAGCGAACCCUCAACAAAGCUAUCAGCAGCUUCUCAUCAAUCUGAGAGGUAUCCUGAAGAGUAAAUAUAGCCAGAAACCUCAGUUAUCUAGUUCUCACCCGAUAGAUACGUCGUUGCUGUUUAUCUGUUGAAAACUUGUGUACGCGUCACUUAUUGAACUGUGGACUGUGGUGCGCCGGUUGUAUCUUUGAAUUAUAUGGACUUUUCUUUCUGGACGUCGAUUGUUUGGUUGUCCGACGCCUCAGCACGGAUAUCAUCGCCCCCAUUUUGGCGGUCGUAGGCUGUGAUCGCGUCACAAUUUCGAGGUUCACUAAGGGCUUUCAGGUGCUCCUGAACGUGCUAAAUAGCAGGGCUUGGAUAACAGUACCUCCCGUGGUUCUACCGGUUGAUAGAGAAGCUUUUAUGACAAAAUCUCGUCACAAGUCUUCGAAAAUUGAUUGACUUGUAAAGGUCGACGGCGAACUAGAACGAAACUCAAAAGGAUCCGAGACGUUCAUCUGAGCCCACUAUGAAUGAUUCGG